AGGAUCUCUAGGCUCAGUAAUUGAAAGGAUGAAGGAGGAUUAAUCUCAAGUCUACCGCUUAUUUCCAUAACCACCAACAUUUUGCAAUAGAAAAUGCUACAAGGCAACCUUUACCAACCAGGAAGUCUCUAGAACCACCUUCUGCACACGCCAGAAGGCCACGUGUCCUCCUAAAACCCUAAACCCUCCAUAUAUGAAACCGCACGCUUGGCUACUCUCUACUCAGCCUCCACUUCCAGCAAAGCCAGCAAACAAACACAGACAAUUUCCAUAGUUUUCACUUCCCUAAGCCUUAACAAUGGCAACCAGAAUGGUACUUGGAAACACCAAAGUUCCCCUCCAUAUCCUUCGGAAUCGCAUCGUCCAAAAAUGCAAUGGCAUAAACAAUACCUCCAAGGUGGCUGCUUAUAACAUUGUGUUCAACAAAAGAGAAGGUGGGGUCUUUGGGUUUGAUCUUAAUCUUAAGGGGGAAGAGGGUGUUGUAGGUAUUGAUAAAGGUGAGAGGGCUAGUGGUGGCUUUGUCUCUUUUGAGAAAGCUGAUAAAGAAGCUGGUUUGGUAAAUGGGUAUUUUGCCAAGGACCAGACUCGGGUUGCGGAGGCUGCUAGUCAGCGACAUGUCGAUGAUGGUGAUGAUGAUGAGGAGGAGGAGGAGGAGGAUGAGUUGGAUGGGCUUGAUGAAGAUGAGUGGAGUGAUGAGGAUGAGGAUGUUGAUGAUGAUGACUUUGUUGAGGAAGAGGAUAAGGAUGAUGAUGAUUUCCAAGUCAAGAAGAGGAAGUGAGUCUUUGAUCAUCAUUGAUGAAAUUGUUUUUUGACUAUUUUUCUUUUCCUUCUUCUUAAAGGGUUAAGAUUGUAGAAUGGGGUUGUACUCUCUCUGUUGCAUAUUUUCUUGGUUAAUACUAUUAGAUUUAGUACUUGUUGAAUAUUGAUAUCCUCUCUUUACUGUGGUUAUUACUUACUAUCAUGAUGGUGACGAGUGUGUCUAUGAGAAAUGAUUGUUUGUAUUCAG